AGCCUCGCAGCUCACACAGGCGUGGUGUGGUUGUAUACAUAUAUACAUAUACAUAGAUAUAUAGAGAGAGAGAGUCAUCCCCAAUGCCGUGCUACUUUCCUACUUGUCAACCUUACUCUCUCACUAGCCUCACCGCCCUGUACCUUCGCCCCCUCCUCCUCCCAACCUCCAAACCCCUCAGACAAUUCCAUUUCCGCCCCUCCAAUCUCCUCAAAUCACAACCAAGACCCUCCUCCGUCGCAUGCGACGCCGUUUCCAGCUCCUCCGGCGUCUCCAUGGACUCUUCGUCGAGAAACCCCGAUUUGUCGGUGGACUCUCUCGCCGAUGACUUCAAGAAACAGAGUUGCUGCGACGAUAACGUCAAAUUGAACCUUGAAGAUCUGAAGUGGGACCAUUCGUUUGUUCGAGACUUGCCUGGCGAUCCCAGGACCGAUACGAUGCCGAGAGAGGUAUUGCGUGCUUGCUAUACAAAAGUAUCCCCGUCUGUUGAGGUAGAGAACCCUCAACUUGUUGCGUGGUCAGAAUCAGUUGCUGAGUUACUUGAUUUGGAACCUAAAGAAUUUGAAAGACCUGAUUUCCCACUUAUAUUCUCUGGGGCAUCCCCUUUGGUGGGAAUAAUGCCUUAUGCUCAAUGCUAUGGAGGACAUCAGUUUGGCAUGUGGGCUGGUCAGUUGGGUGAUGGUCGGGCAAUAACUCUUGGAGAGAUUCUAAAUUCAAAAUCUGAAAGGUGGGAAUUGCAGCUUAAGGGUGCAGGGAAGACUCCAUACAGCCGGUUUGCCGAUGGCCUUGCUGUUCUGCGUAGCAGUAUCCGAGAAUUCCUUUGUAGUGAAGCAAUUCACAGUCUGGGAAUCCCAACAACACGUGCUCUCUGUCUUGUGACAACAGGAAAAUAUGUAACCCGGGACAUGUUUUAUGAUGGGAAUCCGAAGGAUGAACCUGGUGCCAUUGUUUGCAGAGUUGCUCCGUCCUUUCUGCGUUUUGGUUCAUACCAAAUACAUGCCAAUAGAAGUGCCUUAGACAUUGUUCGUAGUUUAGCAGAUUACACCAUUAGGCAUCAUUUCCCCCAUCUCGAGAACAUGAGUAAGAGUGAAAGUUUAUCUUUUAGCACAGGCGAGGAAGACAGUUCAAUUGUGGAUCUAACUUCAAACAAGUAUGCAGCUUGGACGGUAGAGGUUGCUGAGCGUACUGCUUCCUUGGUGGCAAGCUGGCAGGGUGUUGGUUUUACUCAUGGUGUGCUGAACACUGACAACAUGAGCGUGUUGGGUCUCACGAUUGAUUAUGGCCCUUUCGGUUUCUUGGAUGCUUUUGAUCCCAGUUACACUCCAAAUACCACUGAUCUUCCGGGAAGAAGGUAUUGCUUCGCAAAUCAGCCUGACAUUGGCUUGUGGAAUAUAGCGCAAUUUGCCUCAACCCUUUCUGCUGCUCAGUUGAUAAAUGAUAAAGAGGCAAAUUAUGCCAUGGAAAGAUAUGGAACCAAAUUUAUGGAUGAGUAUCAGGCCAUAAUGACAAAAAAACUUGGCCUGCCAAAGUACAAUAAACAGCUGAUCAGCAAACUUCUUAACAAUAUGGCCGUUGACAAAGUUGAUUACACGAAUUUCUUUCGGUUGCUUUCCAAUAUUAAAUCUGAUCCUAGCAUUCCAGAAGAUGAACUUUUAACUCCACUGAAGGCUGUUCUUUUGGAUAUUGGCAAGGAGCGCAAGGAAGCAUGGACCAGUUGGAUACAAACUUACAUUCAAGAGAUAUCUGCUAGCGGAAUUUCAGAUGAGCAGAGGAAGGCUUCCAUGAAUUCUGUGAAUCCCAAGUACAUACUCAGGAAUUAUUUAUGUCAAAGUGCCAUAGAUGCAGCUGAACAGGGUGAUUUUGGAGAGGUUCGCAGGGUAUUAAAAGUUAUGGAACGGCCAUAUGAUGAGCAGCCGGGUAUGGAAAAAUAUGCUAGGUUGCCUCCGGCCUGGGCUUAUCGUCCAGGUGUGUGCAUGCUAUCUUGUUCUUCAUGAGUUGGUUGCUCACCAUAUUAUGCAAAAACGGAAAAGGAGACCAACUUGUAUAUAAUACUAGCAAAUCAAGUUUUUACCAUAUAAAUAAUGAGCGGAUGUCACACACCUUUUUCCCUUUCUUUUUGUCCCUUUUGGCAUAGUUAAAUUAUAUCAGUUGGAGGUGUUUGUAUUUUUGUUAACCAUGUGGCCUGUUACAUGGUAGAUAUUUGCUCUUAUAUGGGUGAAAUUUGUUUUUUUUUGUACUGGUUUUACUUUAUGGACUGUUUAUGUUGAGAUCUAUUGUUGAGAUCUAUAGAUGAUGGGCUUGAAAUGACAUUUUAUUUUUGGCUA